ACAAAACAAGUAUCGCGAGAGCUCACCAAACAGCAGCACAUGAGCAAUUCAUCGCGAGACUACCAUCCGGUCCUUCCUGCUGCUGCUGUCGCUGACUCCAGCUGAUAGCGCUACUUGCCGUUAACAGGUCGGAGUUAGAAACACCUGUCAUCAUGGGAAACAUCUUUGGGAACAUACUGAAGAGCCUCAUAGGCAAGAAAGAAAUGCGAAUCCUCAUGGUGGGGCUAGACGCUGCUGGUAAAACCACCAUUCUCUACAAGCUCAAGCUGGGAGAGAUUGUCACCACCAUCCCCACAAUAGGUUUCAACGUAGAGACAGUGGAGUACAAGAACAUCAGCUUCACUGUAUGGGAUGUGGGUGGCCAGGACAAAAUCCGUCCCCUGUGGAGGCACUACUUUCAGAACACCCAGGGCUUGAUCUUUGUGGUGGACAGCAACGACCGCGAGCGAGUGAACGAAGCCCGGGAAGAACUGAUGCGCAUGUUGGCUGAGGAUGAGCUGCGAGAUGCCGUUCUUCUAGUCUUUGCUAACAAACAGGACCUCCCUAAUGCCAUGAACGCAGCUGAAAUCACAGACAAGCUAGGCCUGCAUUCCCUGCGCCACCGUAACUGGUACAUCCAGGCCACCUGUGCCACCAGUGGGGACGGUCUCUACGAGGGCCUGGACUGGCUGGCCAAUCAGCUGAAGAACAAAAAGUGAAGGGUCAAGUCAACAGAGUGGGGAAGAGCCUGGGUGCCAACUCCAGGUAGUGGUCAUAGAGGAUCCAUUGUGUUUACAUGGAGAGGCAGUGCUGAAAAGCUCCCAGGGGGUGACUCUCAAUGGCUUUCUCCCCCCCCUCCCCCCACACACACAGAUAUCCCCAUUUUUCCCCUUACUUUCAUUAUUUCAAUUUGUUUAGAUCUGCAGUGAGUUUUUAAUUGUUUUAUGGUGGUUGACGUUGACCUAAACGAUUUAAAUUAUAUAAGCUGAAUACAUAAAUGUUGGGAUGUAUUAGUAAAAUGUUUCUGUGAAGGCUUAUGUAUUUCCACUGUUUUGCAGUCUAAGGCCUUCAAACUCACUCUUUUAUGCAUUAUUUUUAAGUUAGGAAAAUGUGAAAAGUCUUGACUUUUAACGGUAGAUCAAUCAUUCCUCAGAUACUUAAUGUAAGUUAGGAUCGUCUCAAUAGAGUAGGCUGAAGUAAUAUUAA